CCCAAACCACACAAGCAUGAUGCUGGACUGAAAUCAUUAUCAAAUGAAGCAAUUCUUUUUCUUGGCUACAUGACUAAAACUUUCUACUUUCUACAUAAACUAACUUUUUAUGACGAGAAGCGUAUCUUGGGUCCUCAUAUUUUAAAAUAAAUCCUUUGCUAAAAUUGAGUUUGAUGACCAUACAGCGUUGUUAUGACCAAUUCAUGGAUGUUAUGGCCACCAAUGGAUCUUAUGGAGAUGAACCGUUUUUCUAACAUUUGGUCGAUAUCUAUUCCGUUUUACAUGAAUACCAGAAAAUAAUAGAUCUUAUAGUGCUAUGCAUGGGGACAUUAAAAUCUUAAGACUACUUUAGUAUUUCUCUCAUUAAUUUAUAAUUACUUUUUACUUUUACUCUCUCGAUAAGAGAUACUUUUUUUUUUUUUGGAACAGUUUGGAAAAAAUGCCAGGUUCAAUUUACACCUACAAAUCACUAAAAGCAUACAUUCAUUUUUCAGUUUAUCAAUUUAGUUCAUAACUAUUUUGGAGAAAAUUAUUAAGUUUUUUUUUUACACUGUCAUUUGAGAUAUUAUAUCAGACCACAUCGAAAAAUCAAUUGAGCCGAUGCCACGAAUUUCUAAAAUUUAGGCAAAUUGCACAAAAUGUGAAGGUAAAGUCAGUAACGUCAAUAAUUGAUCCUCGUUAAUAUAUGUAAAAUAAAGUCCAAAUACAUAAUAGAUAAAUGAUAAGUAAGUGUAAAGUAGAUAAUUUUAUAGAAGGAUAAGGGAAAAUUCAAAAUCACUACUCCGCUCUAUCUUGCAUUAUUUUUAGAUCUACCAUGUGAGAUUAUUUCUUCUGUUAUUAUUUCACGUGCAACUCGUAUUCAUACUUUCUAGUUUAUAGCAUUGUUAUGAGAUUAUGAGGUUUUAUUCACCCCUCGCAGCUAAUAAGGCUGCAAAACUUGGAAGCUAUAACAAUUGAAAGAUGUCAGUUAAUACGGGAAGUAUUUGACCUUGAAGAACUGACGACUAGUGGGGAUGUCAAGAUUCUAUGGCAAUUGACUAGAUUAACCUUGAGUGGCUUACCAAGGUUGGUACGUAUAUGGAACAAGAAUCCAAGAAGAGCAUUGUGUUUCCAAAAUUUAAAGGCACUGAAGGUGCAAAACUGCGAGAGCCUGAGGUUUCUUUUUUCUUCUUACAUGGCUAAAGCACUCGUGCAGAUAAAAGAAAUAGAAAUAGUGAGUUGUGCAUUGAUGGAGGAAAUUAUGUAUGUGCAAGAAGAAGAAUUAGAGGAAACUAUGACCACAGACACUAUUGAGUUUCCUCUGUUAACCUCCUUGUCUCUUGAGGAAUUGCCAAACCUCAAGACAUUCUCUUGUGGAAAGUAUUAUAUCCAUUGUCCAUCCUUAACAAGAUUGACAAUAUCUGGGUGCCCCAAAAUGAUGACAUUUCUUCAUUCAAAGGAAGACAACAGUCGAUGACAGCUGAUACAUGUUUACAACAAGCAUCUGGUUGUAUCAACUCUAGCUUGUCCUUGCCUGGCUUCUUCAAUGAAAAGGUUCUUUUUCCAAGCUUGGAGGAAUUGAAGCUUUCUUCCAUGUGCCAAUUAAAGAGGAUAUGGCACGAUCAGCUCCACGGACAGUCCUUCUGCAAACUUACAUCCCUCACUGUUGAACUUUGUGAAAAUUUGUCACAUGUUUUUUCGUCAAAUCCAAUGGAUAUGUUGCAGAGCCUGAAUAAAAUUAAGGUAGUUAGGUGUCCCUCCUUGGAAGCAUUAUUUGAACCCAUAAGUCUCAGCGUUGAGAAAAGGCAAAAGCCAUUGGUCCUCCCUGCAUUAAGAGAAUUGAUGUUGUUGAAUCUAUCAAGGCUGAGAGACAUUUUGGAGAGUGAUUGCAAAGUCACCUUGGCAUUUCCUAGGCUGAUGGAAGUGAACGUGAGGGGUUGUCACAGUUUGCCAUAUCUCUUCUCAAGUGCCACGGCUGAAAUUCUCGAUAAACUUGUGGUGCUUGAUGUUUCCUAUUGCAAUAACUUGCGGGGCAUAAUUGCGAUGGAAGAAGGAAAAUGGAAAACCUUAGAGACUUUGAAGUUCCGUCAAUUAAGCACACUCAAGCUUGGUGACCUUGAGAAUUUGAUUAGUUUCUACUCAAUGAGUUGUGCUAGUGAUGGGUUACAUCCUCUAUUUGAUGAAAAGGUUAAGUUUCCUAAUAUAGAGUCGAUGGAGAUCUCGCACAUGAAUAACUUGGAGAAGAUAUGGCUUGAUGAUCUUGCUUCAAAUGCCUUUAGCAAACUCAAGACACUAGUAGUGAAGGAUUGUGAGAAACUUUCAUCCAUAUUUUCAUCUUAUACUAUGUUCACAAGAUUUCAAAACCUAGAGAAGAUAAGUGUAACCGAUUGUGGGUCCCUAGAAGCGGUAUUUCACGUCCAAGAGUUCAAUUUUAGUGAAGCUUGUCCUACAAGCACUUUUCAAUUGAGAGAAUUAGUUCUGACGCGGCUCCCAAAAAUGAAGCACGUGUGGAGUGAACAUCCUCAAGGAGGUCUCACCUUUGGAUGCUUACGAUGCAUGGAGAUUGUUGAGUGUGAGAGGCUCAAAAGUUUAUUCCCAAGCUCGGUAGCAAAAAGCAUGACACAACUUGAAGAACUUUUAGUACGGGAGUGUGGGGUGCAAGAAAUUAUUGUGGAGGAAGACGGAGUAGAGAUGAAUGCAAGGGAUCUCUUCUUUCCGUGAUUAACUGAUAUGAAAUUACUUAAGUUGCCAGAUUUGAGGAUCUUCUACAAGAAUAGUCAUACUUCAACACAGCCACUUUUGAAGAAAUUGCAAGUAAGACACUGCGGCAAGAUGAGGUCAUUCUUAUUUGCUUGUGAAUACCAAAGCUGUCGAGGUACAAGUACCAGUGAGAAUCAACCUGCACUAUUUUCUUUUGAAAAGGUCACACCAAACUUGAAGGGAUUGACGUUGAUGAGCGAGGAUGUUAUAAUGAUGACACAGCAGUACCAUUACGUCUUUCGCGAUCUCACAGAGCUGGACUUGGCAUG